AUGGAUGACUUGACGUGCACGCUUGCCGGAAGUACAGGCUUGGUUGGCGGCAACAUCUACUCAAUCCUGUCGUCGCACCCUUCAGUCUCGAGUCUCUACGCAUACGCUCGCAAAGACCUCCCCGCCACCUCUGCCAAAGUCCACCCACUCGUCUCGUCCGAUUCGUCGACCUGGGCCUCGCUCUACCCCAAGGCUUCGUCAAUCUUCUUUUCCGCUCUCGGAACCACUCGUGGUGCUGCCGGUGGUGUAGCAAAUCAGCGCAAGAUCGACUAUGAUUUGAACUUAGAGCUCGCCAAAGCAGCAAAGGAACACGGUGCUACAACAUGUGUUAUUGUCUCCUCGGGCGGCGCCAACCCUACCAGCAUGCUCGCAUACCCAAAGAUGAAGGGCGAAUUGGAGGAGGCUGUCAAGCAGCUUGGCUUUGAACACACCGUCAUCCUACGUCCGGGUUUGAUUGUUGGUCAGAGAGAAGACUCGAGACCUCCCGAGUUCGCUUUCCGUAAGAUUGCCACAUGGGCUGGUAUGGUCAGUGAUUCACUCAAAGACUUCUGGGCACAAGACGCGGAUGUUAUUGCCAAAGCUGCCGUAUCUGCUGCCUUGCAAUGUCACGAUGGCAAGGUGCAGCAGAAAGUCUGGAUGCUCAAUCAAAGCGACAUUGUGCGCCUGGGCAAAACCGAAUGGAACAGCACCUGA